UCUUCACCCCCGCCGCCGCCCCUUCCUUGCGACGCCGUCUCCCGGCAACGGCCUCUCCGACCGCCCCGCCCCUCCGCGCCUGCGCGCGGGCCGGGCGAGGAGCCGCAGCUGCAGCAGCAGCGGCGGAGCGGCGGCGAUGUACCGGCGGGCGGAGCGCGGCCUGGCGCUGCGCGGGAGCAGCCUGGCGCUCUACAACAACCUGAGCGUCCUGCCGCUGCCGGCCAAGCGCCUCACCUACUUCGCCAGCGUGCAGGGCGCCUCGGUCGGGCUGGUCAGCGCGGCGGCGGACGGGGCGGCCUGCGCCCACCGCCAGCUGCAGGCCCGGCAGGGCGGCCUCGGGCCCCCCCUCGUCACGCAGGCGGCCUGGUGCGCGCUGCCCUCGCGGACGCUGCUGGUGCUGGCCUCGUGGAAGGGCGUCCAGAUGUACGAGCCCGACGGCUCCGCCAUGGUCUACUGGCACGCGCUGGACGGCAUGGAGGCCUCGGCAGGGAUGGUGCUGUUUGCCCGGGGGAUCGGAGCCACGGGACAGCACUUCGUGUGCGUAGGGACAUCCACCGGUUCGGUCCUCGUCUUUGACGUCCCCUCCAAAGGCACCAACAUCACAUUGAGCGAAGUCCUUGAGCAGCACAGCAGCCCCAUCACGGACAUUGGCGCAGAGCUCUGUGAGCAGCCGGAGGGAGCUGCAGAUCUGGUGACGGCAGACGACUCUGGAGCGUUGUGCGUUUGGGGGUCUGGAGAGACAUUCAGGCUGAUCACCAAAAUUCCAGCUUCUGACUGCACCUGCUCCUCGGUGAAGCUGUGGAACGGGGUCGUGGCUGCCGGCUACGGGGACGGGCAGAUUCGUUUGUUCGAAGCGGCACGUGGGACCCUGAGAGCCCAAGUCAGCGCUCACGCACGCUGGAUCUACGCCCUGGACCUGGCCCCGCUCUCAGGGAAGGCCUCGUCUUCUCUGUCUCCUGCCCAGCUGCUGUCUGCAGCCGAGGACUCCUUCGUGCGAGUCUGGGGACUGAGCCUCAGUGCGGACACAGACAGCAUUGAGUUUGAGCAUUGCCACACGGAGUGUGUGACCGACACGCAGAUUUGUGGCGCCCGCUUCUGCAAUCUGGAAGGCACCACCUUUGCUGUCACGGGCUUUGAGCUGAGCGAGAUCAUCCUCUACCACCAGGUGUAGCCCUUCGGGUUGCAGGUAGUCGCUGGAUGCAGAGGAAGGACUGGCAUGACGAUGCCAGCUUGGGCAGGGCAGCACACAAAGGGAGCUCUUCCCCCUCCUCCCCAAAAGGCCGUUUAUUUUUUUGGCCCAAGCAGGCGUCCCCUGGGAUUUGGCGUCUCCUUUGGCCCAGUAGCUCAGGCUGCCCCCUCCACCCUGCCCGCAGCAGAGCUGAAGCAGGGAGCCCUGGCCUGUCUCUGCUAGGCAGAGAGCAGAGCUGGCUGGCGCAUUGUUUCCAAGGCCUCCGCUCUGCUCUGCGGGAAGGGGACUGUCUCGCAGCCCCAGGGAAGAGGGAUGGCUUGGCUGGGCCCUGCAGCAGAGCAGCCCCUGGCCAGAAAGUUCUCCCGCCCUGCCCGGGUUUGUUUAGACUCCAAAGGCUUCAGCACAACCCCGACUGCUUUUUAGUGUUUCAGAGCCAGCAGCUAAAUUGUCUGUUUUCCUGAUGAAUAAAAUAUAGUUGUUUGGCUAACAAGGAAGAAA